UUCAGAUGAGCUACGCACAGCCCUGUUGGCUGGAGGAAGUAUUUCCGUGCUUGUGGGUACAGGUUUCGGCGCGUUUGCAGCCGUCUGAUGCGGCGAAAUAGUACAAACGGGGUAUUUCAGUGGUCCUGUCCACCGAUGUGACAGCCUGCCGGAGCUCCGAGUAGAGGCGGGAAUGGAGCGGAGCGAGGCGGACGAGAAUGAGAGCAGUUCAUCCCAACAAAACACGAUGUGGAAACAGUUUCAAGCCAAAGCCAAGCCGCUGCUCAGCCCCAAGCUGGGCGCCAGAGAGCCAGAAGACAAGAAGGAGCGAGGCAUGUGGAUGUUCAAGAAGAUGAAGCGGAAGGAAAAUGUCGUCCUGGACCGGGUGAUCUCCUCCUCGCAGCCCGACCUGCUCUUCUCCUCUCCGGCUGAUGUGGACAUUAAGGAGGCACAGCUCUGCGGCAAAGCAGUCGGCCGGGACAAGCUGCAGUUUUCGAUCAAGCACAAGUCCACCAGCCCAAACAAACCCACGGUGUCUCAGCUGGUGCAGUCCCACCACAAGAGCUCCUCUCUGGGGUCUGCGUGCCUGGAGAGGCUGGCCGAGCCUCCGGACGGCGAUGGCGGGGGCGACGCAGCAACAGCUGCCGCAGCGGAGGAGACACAUCUGGAGAGCAGUGAGGAUCAGCUGGGAAUGGGUACUUCAUGUCCUUCGGGGUUUUCUUCUGACCAAGCUCGGUCGGGGAUGUACAAGCUGGAGAUCGAGCUGAAAAGAGGACACAACCUGGCUGUCCGGGACAGAGGAGGAACAAGUGAUCCAUAUGUCAAGUUCAAGCUUGCUGGCAAAGAGGUUUUUAGGAGCAAAAUCAUCCAUAAAAACCUCAACCCAGUGUGGGAUGAGAAGACGACCUUAAUCAUUGACAGUCUGAAUGAACCUCUGUAUGUCAAGGUGUUUGACUAUGACUUCGGCCUUCAGGAUGACUUCAUGGGUUCUGCUUUUCUUUACCUGGAGUCUCUAGAGCAGCAGAGGACGAUACCUGUGACUUUAGUGCUGAAGGACCCUCAGUAUCCUGAUCAGGACCUCGGUACUCUGGAGCUGGCCGUCAACCUGACACCUAAAGACAGUCCCAUCGAGGAACGCCGAGACUCAACAACUAUGCUGCUCAGGAGGUCCUGGAAACGAUCCACUAAGCAGCAGUCUAUACGUCUGUCAGAGCUACAUCGAAAAGCCCAGCUCUGGCGAGGGAUAGUCAGCAUCGCACUAAUCGGUGUGACGAAGUCAUUCUUUAACUUAAAAGAUGUGGGCAUAGUACAGGUGAAGGUGAUGAGAGCAGAAGGUCUCAUGGUUGCAGAUGUAACCGGUAAAAGUGACCCUUUCUGUGUGCUGGAGCUGAACAAUGACAGGCUGCAGACACACACCGUUUACAAGAACCUCAAUCCAGAGUGGAACAAAGUCUUCACCUUUAAUGUCAAAGACAUUCACUCUGUGUUGGAGGUGACAGUGUUUGAUGAAGACAGAGACAGGAGUGCAGACUUCCUGGGAAAAGUGGCAAUUCCAUUAUUGAAUGUUCGUAAUGGCGAGCAGAAGGGAUACCUGUUGAAAAAUAAGGAGCUGACAGCACCGACCAAAGGGUGCAUCUACCUAGAGAUUGAUGUCAUCUACAACGCUGUUAAAGCUGCUUUGAGGACUGUGGUUCCUGCAGAACAGAAAUAUAUUGAAGAAGAACCAAAAGUCUCCAAGCAAUUGCUCCAGCAGAACUUCAACAGAGUCAAGCGCUGCAUUAUGGUGCUGAUUAGCUGGGGAAGUUUCAUCAACAGCUGCUUUGAAUGGGAGUCUGCACAGAGAAGCAUUGUCUCCUUUGUGCUGUUUGUGGUGGUGGUGUGGAAUUUUGAGCUCUACAUGCUGCCACUAGCCUUGCUGCUUCUACUUGUGUGGCACUAUUUCUUCUGCUCCAGCAGGGAUGGAGCUGAUGUGUCCAUGGAUGGCAUGUUUGAAUGGGAAGUUGAUGAAGAUGAUAAAGAGGAAAAGGACUCAGAGCCCAAAGGCUUUAUGGAUAAACUGUACGCCAUUCAGGACGUGUUUAUCAGUGUUCAGAAUGCUCUGGAUGAGGUGGCGUCCUUUGGAGAGAGAGUGAAGAACACUUUUAACUGGACCGUGCCUUUUCUAAGCUGGUUGGCAAUCACUGCCUUGUGUUUGGCCACAUUUCUUCUCUACCUCAUACCUUUACGAUACCUCGUGCUUGCAUGGGGUGUGAAUAAGUUCACCAAGAAACUUCGUGAUCCAUACAUGAUCGACAACAACGAGCUUCUUGACUUCCUUUCCAGAGUCCCCUCUGAUGUUCAAGUGAUGCAGUAUCACGAGCUGAAAGUUGACCCCGGGCAGAGCCCCAGCAAACGCCGGAGGACAAACCUGAGCUAGCUGUAAACAAUGUAAACUAUCUUGUUUAUAUGUUUCUUGUAAAUUUUAAUUAUUAUGAGAAGUUGUAACUGUUAAGUGUUUUCUUUUUGUUACUGAGGAAGGACACUGAUUUUCUAAAUCUUUUAAAAAACAAGACAAACCUGUUCAUGUUUUUUAAUCUCUCUCAUUUCUCAUAAGAACUCUGCACACAAACUAAGUAACUGUGGUAAUAAUAAUGAUUGUCAUGAGUAUACAUGUAUAGUGUGUCCCAGAGUCUGCAUGUAAUGAAGAUGUGCUUCUGUUUGCAUGUAAGCAUUGCAUCUCCAGCUUUUUGAUUUCUCUCAACAUGUUUGUGCCAUUUCAAACGGGAUGCCAGCGUCCCAUGCUAUGUUGAAGAUAGAGUUGCAUGCAUUUAUACACCUACAGUAAAUAAAAUCUCCUAUUUGGAAAUAUUAUCUUUUUCAGGAAACAUUUCUUUCUAAAGAUGAAAUACUAACAUCUCAGCUCAGUGGUUUUUUUCUUUUUGUCUGCUUCUCACCUCUUCCAGUUUGCUUUCUCUGUUUCUUUUUGUUUUUUGCCUUUUUGGACCACAUCUUAGUGUUACUCGACUUACUCGUCAUCUGUUCUUUUUAAUCACUCGUGUUUUCAUGAUGUGAUCUGCAUGUCUGCGUAAGCUGCUGGUUGUAUGUGUUUUGCAUGACUGAAAUUAUAUGCAAGGUGCUGAACGUGUUUAUCUCUGCAAACUGCACUGACCUGAUACUGUUUACUCUUACCACCAGAUCAUUACGUCUGUCGCGCUGCACAUUAUCUCUCUCUGUUUCCUGUUGCACUGUCUGUAAUUACUGUGGUUGGAAUGAAGCCAAAAGUAGGACAGACUGUAUCAAGUGUGUAGCAUUCCUCUGGCAAAAUAUAUUUCUACACAGACCCACAUGGCUUUCUGUGUCUGAUAUGCAGUUUACAAAGUGAGCUUGAGCAGAUCCCUUAGAAAGAUUCAUUAUAUUUCCAAAGGUGGUAAGUAGUGUCUACAUAGAGGGACUCAUGAAUAGGGCUUACUGGGAACAGGCCUGGGGGAGCUGGAUUCUCUCUGGUCAAAUUAAAACAGCCUAAACCAUGAAGCCGACAGAUUUACACCCUUCCUGUUCACUUCUUGUGAAACAGUGACUGCCUGCAGUCUGUCAGUGAUGAUAAUGUUUGACAGACUAAAUAAAUCCAUUGAGUUCUUUUAACUUUCAAUAAAUUAGCACAAGGCUGAGAAUGAGAAAAGUGAAUUUUAAAUUCAGAGUAAAGUAGAAGAUUUCAAUUUCAAAGAUUUGUGUUGCAUGUAAAAUUUUUGUUUUUAAGCUGUAGUCUUCUGACUUUUUAUUGCAAAUUUUGGUUUAUGAAAUUAAUUCAGCGAUUUCUUUUUAUUAAGUAGUUCACCGUAGCACAAAGAAACACUGGGGUAGGAUUGUAACUCAAACAUCCAACUAAAAGAUUACUUUCAAAAUUUACUUUCACUGAUAAAUGGAUGGCGGCAGUUAGCACUACCAUCUCAAUACUCCAGCAACAAGGUUCUGAGUUUUAACUCCUUUUGCCAGUAACGGCUUUGUAUUUAUCUACCAGCAGGGGGACCCCUUAAGUCAUGGUGGAUGGUAGAAGAUGCCUUGGGGUCAAUUUAACAAGAAGUAUCAGUUGACUUCUAGUUGACUAAAACUGAACUAAAUGUGCUAACAUUUUAAAUUCACUAGCAUAAUAAAAGCUACAUUUUUAGAAGAAAGUGGGAGCUAACUGAAACAUUAUUAUAUACUCUCAACUUCACCUGAAAGAAAAUCAGUGUAUACAGGAAAUGUUUUUAGUUCAGUUUGUCAGUCUGAUCAAAUCUUCUCACAGCCUGUCUGAUGAGAUUUUAGUGCAAAAUUUGAGACGUGGGAUGUAAGCAUGAUUGCCUUCACAAGGUGUUGUGUGCCUUGUGUUUAAAGUUUGAAAACGAGGAAAAAAGGAGACUUGAAAUGACUGAAAACUGCUGAAAGACUUAAAAUGGCCAGGAAUUGAAUUAUUUGGCCUUCACUUUGUGUGCCAUGUCUGGAGAAAACCGUGGCACUGCACUUCUGAGAAAGCUGAAGGUCAGAGAUUAGAGCUGCCCCAUAGUACUACAAUCUCAGGAUUGUAGUACUAACCCAUCAACACUUGUUGUAAUCACUGCUACAGUAACUGCUUUAACUGAGCAGCCUGCUGAGUGAGCUCUGAAUACAUUAUUAUAUUUCAGUUUUACGUUUUUAAGAAAAUCUUGUUGUUAUAAUUCAGGGUGUGAAAUGUGAAAAAACUGUGGAUUUAAGCUGUUUCAACAGAAGCCUGCACCAUACCAAUAUGCAAGAAAGUUAUGUGAAUAUCGCUUCCAUGCAAACUAGUUUAGAAAGCAUACAGACACAUGCUGAAUGAGGAAGUACCAAAACAGGCAAAACUGUGCAAAGCCAGAUUUUAACUGAUGUCUUUUCUUUGCUCUCUGCCCAUCUAUUUGAGCUCAGUUUUGUAUAGCACCAAAAUAUUGAAUGUCAGGCCACUUUGAACUGUGAGAUCAAGACUGGAUUAGACAGAAACCCCAACAAUCCCCUACGAGGAUGGUGAGAAGAGAGAGGGAGACCGUGGUGAGAAGGAAAUCUCUUUUCAUGAACAGAAGAUCCCAGAAGUGACCAGUUUGGGGGUGAGGAGGAAGAGAAAACAAACAGAGAAUGGGAUGUUUUUUUGUUUUGUUUUUUUAUCUUACCAUUAUGAAAGAAGUAAAACUUUUAUUUCUUGUGCUUUUGAAUUGACAGACUUAGUUUUAUCUUCAUGUCAAGCAUUUAGAAGACUUUUACAUGGUAAGAAAGGCCCUGUGAUGAAUCUGUCCAGCGUGACAGAUUGGGAGCGUCCUUUCAUGUCUUUGACCCGCUAUUGAUCGUCUGAUUAAUCACAUGAGUUAAGGUGUGAAAACAGGUGUGGGUCACUCGAAGAGGAGUGAAAGAAGCCAUCUAUGUAAUAAUGUAAUAGUUGAUAUACUUCAUAUGAGUCCUUUGAUACUCUUUUCAAAGUAAUGUCUGAAUUGGAGAUAUAAGAAGAAAUCUUGAUGAGGAACUUUUCAUCUGUCUGAGAUGAUUUUAGUAUCGAUAAUAUAUAAAGUCUGUCUUUAUUAGAAAGGCCACUGUGUGAACAUCUGCAGUGGCCUGUCUAAUAAAGACAGCUCUAUGAGUUUCCUGUUUUCUGACUCCAUCAAAGUAUAACAGUUUUAUGUGUGCUGAUAAAUAAUAGUCUUUGGUAAGUCCAUCCCUCCCUCAUUGUGUCAUACUGGAGAGCUUAUAAUUCACGCCAGGAAAUUUACCUUUCCAAAUAAAUCUAUUUAUCACUUUGUCUCAUUCUCUAAACUGAUAAUCACGGAUGUGGAUAAGCAAAACUAGAACAAACAGAGCAGUCUGGGCAAGAUAUUAGUUUUUCCCACCAUUAUUCUACUCAAGUUCUAAUGGCAGGAGAGCCCAUCUAUCAAGAGCCUUGUUUCUCUUUUUAUUGAUAUGUGCAUAAUUUUCAAUAGAAGUUUACUACAUUCAUAAUCUUAUACCCGAAUAACAUAUAGAAGUAGCUCCCAAGGUCUCCUAGUAUUUCAUAGCUUGAGAGACUAGGGGAAGUUUAAACAUUAAUAUUAAGAGUAUACCCUGCAUCUGCAACAAGUUAAUUAAUCUAGAAACUCCUCGUUCUGAAUUCUGAUCAUGGUAUUGUGUGCCUGAAGAAAAAUGUUAUACUCCGUUUCCCUUAUUGUAAUAACAUUGAGCUCUAAAUGCGGAUUGAUCCUCAUCAAUUAAAAAGGGCAUCACUUCCUCCAGUCUUUUUGUUAGAAUGGUAUAUUUGUGUAUAUUUUUUUAAAUCCUGGCUCGUUACACUGACUGGUCAAUAUGCGGCACACAUUGGUAUGCUACAGGUCAAAGUCUGUGGGACCAACUGGCAGGGAUCCUCACCAGGUUGUUCAACCUCUCCCUGACUCACGCCACCAUUCCCACCUGUCUGAAGGCCUCCAGCAUCACUCCCAACAACAAAAAGACUAGAAUAUACAGCCUCAAUGACUACACAACUAUAGCCUCACAAACAGCUUCUUCUCCUGGGCCACUUGGACAGUUAACAAACAUUAGCACCCCACACCCAAACCCUGCCUAUAAAUCUGGGCCAUGGUCUGAGUAACUCCCAUCACUCAGGGUACUCACACACAGACUCUCUUUAGACCAGCUCUUGGGAAUAACCAAAAUGACUGCCUCACUCUGGGGGUAUGGACUCUUUGUUUUGAAGUAUAAUCAAAAAUCUUUUGCAAUAAUGGUACCGAUUCUUCCCUCAGUACUUAUAACACUCUCCUGGGAAUCUGUCAUUCCCCGUCAAUUAGAGUAAAAGAAGAAGACAUAAGCCUGUUAAUUCAUGAGCUGCUCUUUCUUUUGUAAAUUUAUCAUUGUGCAAUCUCCCAGCGGAGGGCAGGUCUCGCUUAACAAGAAAGUGUUCUACUACUUACUUUCUUAAAAGUAAUGGAUUAUGUUACUUAAGUACUCCCAGGAGAAAGUAAUUCAUUAAUUCUUGUUACAUUACUUUCUGGUUUCUCUGUAAAAUGACCUGUUGUUGUGAAAAAAAGCAACUGUUGCUGUGACUUCGCACACUUAAUUCAGCUGAUUGUAGUGCAUGUGCAAGUGGAAUCAAUAAGCAGGCUAACACUUCCAACGAAUAGAACUACUGGGAACUGGCUCUCUACAAGCACCGGUUCUUGAUUCCCAUCCCUAGAUACAUCUGAACAAACCACAAGACUUCUGGAAUAACGAGACCAAAGUGGAGAUGUUUGUUGAGAGUGCACAGCAGCACCUUUGGAGAAAACCAAAAAGCACAAGCACCUCAGACCAACUGUCAGCUUGCUGGUGAAGGGAUGAUGAUUUGGGCACCUUGCAGUCACUGAGUGGAGCAUAAACUACUCUGCAUACAAAAGUGUUCUAGAGUCAAAUGUGAGGCCAUCUGUUUGACAGCUAAAGCCUGGAUAAAACUGGGUCAUCAACAGGACAAUAGUUUAUUUAUUUAAAAGGGACAGUGGAUAAAUGUAAAUAUUCUAGAAUUAGCUACAAGUCUACUUUUCAUCUGCAGUCCCUGGCAGGUCAGACAAACACAAUAAAUAAGGAAUUUAGCACGCCAUCAGGCAAUGUACAACAAUCUAAUCCAGACAACAAAUACAUAAAAUUGCAACAAAGAAUGUUAUAAUACAAUGAAACAGAAAACAACAAAUAAAUAAAAACAUACAACAUUAAAGAUAACACAUAUUAAUAUCAAGCUAGUGAUCGUGAAUCUGAUUCCUCUUUAGCCAUCGUUUGAGAUUAGUUUUAAAUGUGUUGAAGGCAGCACAUUCUCUUAUUACAGCUCAAAUAUUGUUCCAAAUCUCACUACCUUUAACUGAUAACACCUGUUUACUGAAUGUCGUUUGUCUAAAAGGUAUUGCACAAUCCCCUCUGGAUACUGUUCCAUUGAUAUUGCAUUUAAACACAAACUCCACCUUAUAAACAGAAAAAGCUAACUUAAAUAUUUUACAGUUUUUAACACUUUUUUUAGAUAUUGAAGGAAAAUGGUUUUCUGUCUAACACUUUAAAUGCCUUUCUAAAUAAAGAUUCUAUUGGUUUUAAAGUAGGUGUACUUACCACUGAUCAAUUACUGAAACAGUAUUCUAUAUGAGAAUAAAAUCAUAGAAAAGAGAAACAAUUUGGCUGCAUUUUUUGGCCGUGGUGAUCUAAUUUGUCUAAUAUUGUGUAGGUCAAAUUAUAUGUUCUUAACACGAUUCACAAAUGAUAAGGUGGAAUCACCAAGCUAUUUAAAUUUGUGUAAAACCUUAAGUUCUCGUCCUUUCAGAACGACAUCAGAACAUAGUCUUGAUUUUGGUCGUUUUGAUAGAAUCAUGCAAACAGUUUUUUUUUAAGUAAUAGAGAUCACUUAGUCAGCCACUCAUGAAUACACUUCAUUGCUGUUGUCAGCUUUUAUGAAACUUCCAUAUCAGUCUUUGCCAGGUAGAAAAAACAUCAUCAUCUUCAUGCAGCAGGGUAUUGAUGUUCUGAGAUGUAUGUCUUAAGAUCUCGUUUUCUUAUUUUUAGUCUAUUUUACAGCAGGUUUACUAAGUUAGCUUAGUAUUAAUCAUCUUUACAAAAACGGUCUUCAGUACUUCUGUGAUGUUUACUUAAAAAAAAUUGCUGCCAUUUGAGAAAAGGCAUCUUUUCAAAAAUGUAGCUACAAGACAGAGUCACCCAAGAGCGGUUUACAAGGUGGAUAUAAAAAAUAAAUUAAAACAUAAAUUAAAAAGGUAGAAAUAAUACAAAGUACAACUAUAGCUUUUAAAUCGCCAUUUGAUACCUCAGUAAAUAUGGCCUAUGCCUGUUGCAGCAGUCACUUAAUCGUCUAAGUAACAAUACGUCACAUUAAUAAGGAACAGGGAGCAUUAAAACAGUUUAUUCAAUUCUUUAUUGCACACUGUGCCUGUGUGUUUCCACAAACCGUCUUAUCGUUCCAAGAUUAUUUUUAAAAACUCUCUUUU